ACCCACCCCCUUUGAAGACCCCAACAAAGCUCAGACCCAACACCUCUCUCUCACACACACACACACACACACACACACAAUCCACCACCGCAACCAUCCAAGAUCCCAACAAUGGCGUCCCUAAACCACCUCCUCUCCCUCACCACCCUCCUCCUCCUCCUCUCUCUCUCCUCCUCCGAUGACUCCGCCGUCAUGUCCAGCUUCGCUUCCUCUCUCACCCCCACCCCAUCUAGCUGGACAGGCACAAACUACUGCAAUUGGAGCGGCAUCAGCUGUGACAAUUCCAAUCGAGUCACAUCCAUCAACCUCGCCUCCCAAUCUCUCUCCGGCUCACUCCCUUCAAAUCUCAACCAGCUCUCCCAGCUAAAAAGUCUCUCACUACAGAAAAACUCUCUGUCUGGACCCUUACCUUCUCUAGCCAACCUGACUUCCCUCGAGCAAAUCUUCCUUGACAGCAACGAUUUCAAUUCAUUCCCUGGGGAUUUUGUUCUGGGUCUGACGAAUCUACAGAUUUUGAGUUUAAGUGAUAACCCAAAUUUAGCUCCUUGGGUGAUUCCGACCGAUUUGACUCAGAGUAGUAGUUUGGGAACCUUUUCUGCGAGUAAUGCUAGCAUAGUUGGUACUAUGCCAGACAUCUUCGGUGCGUUCCCGAAUCUGCAGAAUCUCAGGCUGUCAUACAAUAAUCUCACUGGUCCAUUGCCCAAUUCUUUGGGUGCUUCGGAGAUUCAAAAUCUCUGGCUCAACAAUCAGCUACUCGGGCUAUCAGGGACAAUCUCUGUGUUGUCCUCGAUGAUCCAGCUCUCCCAAGUCUGGCUUCAUGCGAAUUCUUUCACGGGUCAGAUUCCAAAUCUCUCCAAAUGCACAAAUCUCUUUGAUUUGCAGCUCCGUGAUAACCAGUUUACUGGGGUUGUCCCUCCUUCAUUGAUGACUCUUCCUAAGCUUGCUAACGUAACUUUGCAGAACAAUAAGUUGCAGGGUCCUUUGCCAGUGUUCAACAAUGGAGUUCAAGCCACACUUGGGACUACUAAUAGCUUUUGCAAGAGCACUCCUGGGGAUUGUGAUCCACAGGUCACUGCACUUGUUGCGGUUGCUGGGGCUUUUGGGUAUCCCAUGUCUCUAGCUCAGUCUUGGGUGGGAAAUAAUGCUUGCCAAGGAUGGUCUUUUAUUGUCUGUGAUACACAGGAAAAGAAUGUCAUCAUUGUCAACCUUGGGAAGCAGCGUUUUUCAGGUACUAUCUCACCUGCCUUUGGGAAUUUGACGUCGUUGAGGAAUUUGUUGUUGAAUGAUAAUAGUCUCACUGGUUCAAUUCCGGAUAGCUUAACAACUUUGCCUCAGCUUCAAACUCUUAAUGUGUCUAAUAAUAAUCUUAGUGGGCCUAUACCAGUUUUUCCAUCAACUGUGAAGUUUAUUACUACUGGUAAUCUGUUUCUUGGGCAAAAUACUACUUCUGGGGGUGGAGGAAAUAGUGGAUCACCUGGGUCUGGAUUGAAUUCUGAUGCACCCGGUGGGAGUCCACCUGGUAAUAAAAAAGGGUCAUCGGUUUCAUCGGGUAUGAUUGCUGGUGUUAGUAUUGCUGUGGUGGUUUUUGUUGGAGUUGUAUUUUUUGUGUCUUACAAGUGCUAUGUCAAGAGAAGGCAUCGGAGGUUUGGCAAGGUUGUGGGUUCCGAAAAAGGGAGUGAAAUGGUGAAGACUGACAUAAUGGGUGGUAUCAACGGUUAUGGUGGAGUCCCGAGUGAAUUGCAGAGCCAGAGCAGUGGCGAUCAUGGUGAAAUGCCUGUUUUUGAAGGUGGGAAUGUUGUGAUUUCAAUCCAAGUUCUAAGACAAGUUACGGACAAUUUUAGUGAUGAUAAUGUAUUGGGUAGAGGAGGAUUUGGAGUUGUUUACAAGGGGGAAUUGCAUGAUGGGACUAAGAUUGCUGUGAAGAGAAUGGAAUCUGGGCCAAUGGGUACCAAAGGAAUGAAUGAGUUUCAAGCAGAAAUCGCGGUCCUUACAAAAGUUAGGCAUAGGCAUUUGGUUGCUCUUCUAGGUUACUGUAUUAAUGGCAACGAGAGACUUUUGGUAUACGAGUACAUGCCACAAGGGACUUUAAGCCAGCAUUUGUUUGAAAGGCAGGAGCAUGGGUACCCUUCUCUUACAUGGAAGCAGAGAGUGACAAUAGCAUUGGAUGUGGCAAGAGGUGUCGAGUAUCUGCACAGCUUGGCACAACAAAGUUUCAUUCAUAGAGAUUUAAAACCCUCAAACAUACUUCUUGGGGAUGAUAUGAGAGCCAAGGUUGCAGAUUUUGGUUUAGUCAAACAUGCACCUGAUGGGAAGUAUUCUGUUGAGACACGGUUGGCUGGAACAUUUGGAUAUCUUGCACCUGAGUAUGCUGCUACUGGAAGAGUGACUACUAAAGUGGAUGUUUAUGCGUUUGGAGUUGUUUUGAUGGAGAUAAUCACUGGUAGAAAAGCAUUAGAUGAGACCAUGCCAGACGAGAGGUCUCAUUUAGUCUCAUGGUUCCGUCGGGUACUUAUCAACAAGGACAACAUUCAAAAGGCUAUCGACCAAACCCUUGACCCUGAUGAAGAAACCUUCGAGAGCAUUUGCAGGGUGUCUGAGCUGGCUGGUCACUGCACAGCACGCGAGCCAUUUCAGAGACCAGAUAUGGGUCAUGCUGUCAAUGUGUUAGGUCCCCUUGUAGAGCAGUGGAAGCCUUCUUCCCAUGAAGAAGAGGAAAGCAAUGGCAUUGACCUUCACAUGAGUCUUCCUCAAGCCCUUCAAAGAUGGCAAGCCGACGAAGGUACUUCCACAAUGUUUGGUGGUCGGUCCUACAGUGAUACCCAAUCAAGCAUUCCAUCAAAACCUUCAGGAUUUGCAGACUCUUUUGAUUCGAUGGAUUGCAGAUGACUUUAAACGAAACCAAGAUCAUUGGGAAGCAGAGACCGCAGCACGAUAUCAAGUUGAGGGAAAGAGAGAUUGAUGGAGCCUUUCACACUGAUCCUCCUUUGAGUCACCAAAGAUUACUGUGGUAUUUAAUUUAAAUUUAAUUUUUUUUUUGUUCUUUAUAUAUAUGUCGUCUAUUUGUUUGUUAUUCUUAUGAUCUCUGUUGUGUGACAAAAGCUGAAACAAUAGAGCAGUUUGUUGUAUUUUGGUUGGAUUCGUCAAAGCUGUAGAGGUUUAUGUGGAGAAUAUGAUGGUGAGGGGUUUA